CUCAUUUUUGCACUCAGCAGGCUGUGUGGGGUCUGUGGUGACACUCCGAGUUAAUUUGCUCCCCCCUUGUUUUCCCCUGCCCUGGGGAGUUUAUCGCUGGAUUAGUGGACAUUUUUUGACUCCCUGCAGCAGGAGACAGACCGGUGAAGCGUGAGGAUGGCCCAGCAAGCGGCCGUGGGCCACCAGGACACGCUGGCAGUGCCGCCCAUGCCCAAGCAUGUUGGGUUGAAUGAGGACCUAGUCAAGAUAUUGAGAGAGAACCUCCUGCAGCAGGAGCUACCCCGGGGGCACCGGCGCUCGCCCUCAUCCAUCUCGCCCCGGCUUUCGCCCAGGAACUCUCCUCGCCUUCUCCGACGGAUGCUGCUCAACAACAACAUCCACAAGCAGAGGCGUUUCACUGUGGCGCACACAUGCUUUGAUGUGGACAAUGGCACCUCAUCGGGACGUAGUCCGCUGGAUCCCAUGGCCAGCCCGGGGUCAGGGCUCAUCCUCCAGGCCAACUUUGUGCACAGCCAGAGGAGAGAGUCCUUCCUGUACCGCUCUGACAGUGACUAUGACCUCUCACCAAAGUCUAUGUCCAGGAACUCCUCCAUUGCCAGUGACAUACACGGUGAUGAUAUGAUUGUAACACCUUUUGCACAGGUUCUGGCGAGUUUAAGAACUGUCCGGAAUAACUUCGCUGCUUUAACAAAUAUUCAGCAGGAAAGAACCAACAAGAGAUCCCCCAUGUGUAACCCACCUCCCAUCACAAAGACCUCCUACACAGAGGAGGCCUACCAGAAGCUGGCAACAGAGACCCUGGAGGAGCUGGACUGGUGCCUCGACCAGCUUGAGACCCUGCAGACCAGGCAUUCGGUCAGUGAGAUGGCAUCCAACAAGUUCAAAAGGAUGUUGAACAGAGAAUUAACUCACCUCUCAGAGAUGAGCCGAUCUGGUAAUCAGGUGUCCGAGUUCAUCUCCAGUACAUUCUUAGACAAGCAACAUGAGGUGGAAAUGCCAUCGCCCCAGUCCCAGAAAGACAAGGAGAAGAAGAAAAGGCCGAUGUCCCAGAUCAGUGGUGUAAAAAAGCUAACGCACAGUUCCAGCCUCACCAACUCCAACAUCGCCCGGUUUGGAGUUAAAACGGAAACAGAGGACGAGCUGGCCAAGGAGCUUGAAGAUGUAAAUAAAUGGGGCCUUAAUGUCUUCAAAGUUUCUGAAUUCUCCGGGAACAGACCGUUAACGGUUAUGAUGUACACAAUCUUUCAGGAGAGAGACUUGUUAAAGACGUUUAAAAUUCCCCUCGAUACCUUUAUCACCUAUCUGAUGACUUUAGAGGACCAUUACCAUGCUGACGUUGCCUAUCACAACAAUAUCCAUGCUGCUGAUGUCACACAGUCUACUCAUGUUCUGCUAUCAACCCCUGCCCUUGAGGCUGUGUUUACAGACCUUGAAAUUCUUGCUGCCAUAUUUGCCAGUGCGAUACAUGAUGUUGAUCAUCCUGGCGUCUCCAACCAGUUCCUCAUUAACACCAACUCUGAGCUGGCCCUCAUGUAUAAUGAUUCAUCUGUGUUGGAGAAUCAUCACCUGGCUGUAGGUUUUAAACUGCUGCAGGAGGAGAACUGUGACAUCUUCCAGAACCUGAACAAGAAACAGCGGCAGUCACUCCGGAAGAUGGUCAUUGACAUUGUUCUGGCCACAGAUAUGUCUAAACAUAUGAAUCUGUUGGCGGAUCUGAAAACCAUGGUGGAGACCAAAAAAGUGACCAGUUCAGGUGUACUACUACUAGACAACUACUCAGACCGGAUACAGGUCUUGCAAAAUAUGGUGCACUGUGCUGACCUAAGUAACCCCACCAAGCCGCUGCAGCUGUACAGGCAGUGGACGGACCGCAUCAUGGAAGAGUUCUUUAGCCAGGGCGACAGAGAGAGGGAGCGUGGCAUGGAGAUCAGCCCCAUGUGUGACAAGCACAAUGCAUCUGUUGAGAAGUCCCAGGUGGGCUUCAUUGAUUACAUCGUGCACCCACUGUGGGAGACGUGGGCUGACCUCGUGCACCCAGACGCCCAGGACAUCCUGGACACGCUGGAGGAUAACAGGGAGUGGUAUCAGAGCACCAUUCCCCAGAGCCCCUCUCCAGCGCUGGACACCAGCAGCGAGGGCCGCCGCACUGCCGGUCAGGAGAAAUUCCAAUUUGAACUGACUCUAGAGGAGGAUGGAGAAUCAGACACAGAGAAGGACAGCGGUAGCCCUCCUGACGAUGAGGAGGAGGAGGAGGAGGAGGAAAACAGUUGCAGUGACUCUAAAACCCUUUGCACACAGGACUCCGAAUGUACAGAAAUCCCCCUGGAUGAACAGGUGGGGGAUGGACAGGAAGAGGAGGAACAGGAAGAAGAAAGGGAAAUAUCAGAACCCUGUGUUUUAGAGGAGGAGGAGGACACUGACAACACAUAACACAGUAUGACACUGCACCUGAACUUUUUAUAUUAGAGAUGAGAAACACUUAUUUAUGGUCAAGAUAUUCAAGUUUUUUUUAUUUUGUCUAUUUUGCAUACUUCAUUGUUCAGAAGUGCUUUUAAAUGUUCACCUUUUAAUCUGUUUUUAUUUUUCAUUUCUCACUAUUUGUUUCCCUGUUUUUCAACCAUUUUUGCACUCAGGAAUAGCUUUUCCACUCCCAUCUGUUACUCGUACAAACAACACAAAUGUUCGGUUGAAUUGUCUUUUAUACCUGAUUUGUGAGAUAGGUUUUUUUUUGUUUUGUUUUUUUGACUGAAGCAGUAUUUUAAAAACAUUUAACUAAAAAGCAGUUGUUUUUUCACUGUUUUUUCACCAACCUGACACUGUUCCAGUUUAUCUUAAGGAAUGUGGUAAUUCAAAGCAUUACAGCCGACAAACAUUUUGGUAGAGAUUAUACAUGCUUUGAACUUCAUGUCUUCCUUGAUGCCUUGAAUGUGUUAUUUACCUGGUUUUAGUUGUCUGUUGGGUCUGUGUAUCAAGAAUUAUUUAAAGUGAAUGGACAUGGUACCAUAGUGAAAAGAAAAGACUUGUGAGACUAUUAACAUACUGAAAAUACACAAUUUGACAUUACCAUUUUUUUAAAAGACCAUAUUUGCAGUAAAUAUGCAAAGGUAGUAAUUUGUAUUUUUUUUUAAAACCACUAUUUGUUAAGCCCACUUUUGAAAUAACUAAUUUAAAAAUCAAUACUGAUUUAAAAAAGAAUCAGUAUUUUUCUGAGUUCUGCUUUUGAUGCAGUUCUUUAAACCUGUCACCUCAACAAAUUUUAAUUUUAAACUUGUAUUUUAUUCCCCUAAGAAAAAAAGAUCAUGAGUUUGUUCUGAAAACAGCUUGAAUCAGCCUUAAAUAUUUUUAUUACCUACCAAAAAUGUUCAAAACUAUACUUGCAUAAGAGUAAAACGAAACCUGGGAAACACUUCAUAUUUAAUAAUAAUAAUAGAACUAAUAGUAUCAAAUAAUAUUAUAUAUA